GUGGGCAGCACAGGGGGUGGAGGACAACAAACCCACGCGGAGAGGAGCGAGCCGCCGAGGUAGGGAGAGUGUUGCUACACUCACUUGUCAAGCUGUGUGGCACCCCUCCACUCAGAUAAGACCACACAGCUUUCCUAGGUGAAGACCGGCGUGUGCUGUACCAUUCUUCAUAUACACACACAGUACUGUACUGCUCACAAGACUGACUGGUUUUCUGGAUCAGUCCUCCCGAUGCCAGUCCUGGUUGGACAUCAGUUGGAGAGGUCCCACCAAUGUAGAAGAUGAAAGGCUGCCUUCUCUAAUUUUAAGAAAUGAUAUCCAAGUGCAGUGGAAGAAGAGAGGAAGGGAGACCAGGGGAGAUUUCUUGGAUCCACAGCCAUCUUGAAAUCAACUACCAGACCCUUGAGAGCUUCAGUUGCACUAAACUUCAGCUGACGACUUGAAUCAUGGGGAAGAAGAAUCGACAUCGUUUUGAUAAAAGAAAGCAAGGAGAUGGUGGAUUCAUUGAUGAGGAUGAGAUAAUGUCACUCAACAUUAAUGGCGAGGACAAACAUAGGAAUGCUAAGAACAGUGCCAAACUGAGGAAAAGAAUUAGAAAACUACAAAAAAAGCGAGAGAAGCAGCAAGAAAAAAAUCAUCACAGAAAUAAGCAAGGUACGAAGUCUGUCGGAUGGCACAAGAUUGAAGUCACAGGAAGUGGAGCAGUGGAGAAAACCUUUAUCUAUACCAGUAUUGGGAGCUCCCUUGAUUUGCAGUUUCAGCCUCUUGGGUUUCAUAAAAUAGAUAACAAGUGUUGUUUCUUUCUAGAAAAUAAUGAACCAGCAGCAAAUGCCAUUCGUUGUUUAAACAAGAGAAUACAAGAUUCUAAUGGAAACCUCCUGAAGAUUAGUUCAUCUAAAGUGGCUUGUCCUGGUCUUCUUCUCAAUUCUGAUCAGCUUCAGGUCCUGCGAGAAGCUAUGGCCCGCCGCUUUAAUGUAACCUCCUGUCUGUUGGAUCUCACUGAUCUACAUCAUGAUCCUGCAUUGAUAGAAAAAGAUAUUCUUGCACCUUUAGCUGCCACAGAUGUCAUGAAACAAGUUGUGAAAGUGAUUAAGGAGAAUGUUCCCCACUUGAAGGCCUUAAAUCUUAGUAAAAAUAGCCUUCGUGGCAGUAUCUUCAGCUUGCUUCAAGGAAUGCACUCAGGAUCCUCUGAGCUGUUUGCUCUUAACUUGGAGCACAAUGGCAUUACUAACAUGGGAGAUCUAGCACAUUUUAAAAUGUUUCCCAUUACUGAGCUUAGUUUGCAAUUCAAUCCUGUUGUAGAGAUGUAUAAAAAUAAGCCCCUUAAGUAUAUAGAGCUGGCUAGGAGAAACUUCCCACGUCUUAAACUUCUUGACACUGUUGAUGCAGAAGCAUAUUUAGCAGAAAAUGGUAAGCAGCCCACUGUGUCAGGUUCAGUUCAAUCUGGUGCCACAUCAAGCACAGCUGGAACCAGCUCUAGUGCAGUGUCUGAACCAUUAGUAAGAUCUUUCCUUGAACAGUAUUAUGCUCUCAUAGAUGCACCUGACCGCAAUAGUUUGUUGGCUGCAUACACCCCUGAUGCUGUGCUGGAGAUAAAAUCUAAUUUGGCAGCCAUUGUGAGCAGUAUCUUUGUGGGGCAAGAGAAAAUAAAGGAGGCACUUGUCACUUUCCCAAGAACUCAACAUCAGCACAGCACUUUCUCCUUCAAUAUUCAGUUUCCCAGUCCUAGCACAGCUGAGGCAGUUGUCAUGGGUCAGUGUCAGAUAACUGGUUUGGAUGCUGUGGUCACAUUUGCCCGAACAUUGAAAAUAGUUCCUUUUAAUGCCGGUCUUUGUUGUUCUCGAGAUGUAUUAGAACUGAGAUGAAAGUCGUAUCCUUCAGUUGAGUGGACGCAAGUUUUUUUAAUAUUAAUUUAUAAUUCUUUUUUUACUGUAAUUUUUAAGAACAUACCCUGAAGAGAAAUUGUACAUAUUAUUUGUUUUACUCUUACUUUUGUCAUGGAGGGGAAUUUACCAAGGUCUUUUUGAGUUAAGUGUUUCUGAAUGUGUACAACAGUCAUGUCAGAGGCUAGUAUCAAGAAAACUGUCAGUUGGGAAAGCAAAGGAUAAUUGUUUACAAGUUAUCGAGUAAUAUAUUGCCAAUAUUUAACUCGCAUGCAGGAUGGCAUCCAAGAAGCAGAAAUAAAGUAAAAAAUCAAGAUGGUAUACUUCAAACAAAAUGCAUAUUUAUUCAUCUUUAAUACAUCUUACCAUAUUGUAAACUUAUUUUGCUGCUAUAAUUUUCUUGAAUAUCUUGGUAAUAAUGUCAGUCUUUUAAUGUUUCUCAUGCUAUCAAUGUAUUCAAUAUUUCAUUCAUUACUGGUAUUGACACCAACAUAAUGUAUGUGACAUAUACUUUUGGAAAAUUAAGGCACUUCCUACAACAUUGAGGCAAGCAACAUGAAGUUCAAAAUUUAAGUAAUCACCUGCCUCAUCUUUCAAGUAUCUAGAAUACCUGACUGUAAGCUAAAAUUAAUCUUGGAAAAAAUCAGCCACAAAGAUUAUAUUGUUUAAGGUACAUCAAAGUUUUGGCUGUUCAUUAGUAUCACCUAGAGAGGGAAGCACAAUAAGAGCAACAACUUGCUCUUUCCAGCUGAUCCCCCCCCUUCUCUCUCUCUCUCUCUCUCUCUCUCUCUCUCUCUCUCUCUCUCUCUCUCUCUCUCUCUCUCUCUCUCUCUCUCUCUCUCUCUCUCUCUCUCUCUCUCUCUCUCUCUCUCUCUCUCACUACUGCAGGAGUGCCUAAAUUGCAGUGCAACAUUUUGUUUAAAAUGCAAAUGUUCAAGGUGCAUCACCACUUUGUUCCAGUAAUUCCUGUCAUUGGUAAGCAGGGCACAUGUCAGUUCUGCAAAGCUAUCUGCAUGUAAUGAUAUGUAUGUGAUAAGUAGGUAAAUAGUUUUUGAGGAAUUCAUUUAUUCAUAUACUGCAUUUCCUAGUGUCUGACAUGUUCAUUCAUACAAGUUUGAUAUGUGCCCUGUUCAUCAUUCCAGGGUAGCAGAAUGUUACCUGAUCCAGCAAAUGUAAGGGAUUCAUUUUCAACAAAGGUGUAACAUAGUAGGUUCUGGUCUCAUUAUUCACCAUCCACAGUAUGGUUAAGUCCUGUUCAAAAUGUUGGAUGUGACUAGUAUGAAUGGAUCAGUUGAGUAUGAUAUAAAGCAGUGACUCGCUCAAAAAAAUGCAACAGAACAGAAGUUUGUUUUCCACUAAUAGAAAUUAAUUAAUGUCUGCAGUUUUUUACAUGGUUAUCUUAAUAUACGUAACUAUCUUGAUAUGCAUUAUGUACUGAAUACUUAUCAAGCUGUAGAUAGUAUUUAUUUAAAUAACUUUUCUCAUAUCGGUAAGAUUCUGUGAAGAUGCAUUGUUGAUGCUGAUGUGUUAGUGUUACUGUUGUAAACAUUUGGAAACAAAUGUAUCUUGUCUGAAGGUUUAACUUCUGUGAAGUCAUAAUAAGAGCUACAUCAUUCCAAACCCAGACUUUCAUGGGCGUGGGAGACUAAGGUAUGUUCUGCACUAAACUUAAGUUUGUAUAUCAUGAAAAUUAGUUACACUGACAUUUUAUGUAUAUUUUUGUCUGUAUAUCAUUAUGAAAAUUAAUUAUCAUUAUGAAAAUUAAUUAUUGACAUUUUAUAUAUAUUUUAAGUCUUUAUGGUUAUGGGAUAAAGGUUCAUUCUCACCCAUAUCUAGAGCAGAAUGUAUUGUUUAUACAUAACAAAUUAGAGCCAAGCUUAAGGUUGUUUAAUGUACUAUCAACUGCAUUCAUGGAAUUACAUCUUUGAUCUGAGCCAUGACCAUACCAUCAGUAUUAUACAGUAUAGUGUUGCCCUGGUAUAUGUUAUCACUGCACAUUGUUACAUACUGAAAUUUGCUUAUGAUAAAGGGUCGAAUGUACUGAAAAGGCUUUAGUCCCUUACUGAUUUUAGGAUACGAGACUUUGUAUUAUCUACAUAAUACAGCGUUAUAAGUUAUCUUUUUUGGGGCAACUAAAACUGAACCUUCUGUGUAGUGCACAUGUUAUACAGUAAUUUCAACAUGCAUAAUUUAGCAUGGAAUUCAUAAGGUAUUGUUUAUACAUAACAUAUUAGUUUAGAAAAUUUUCAUUUUGAAAUUAGCUGGAUCAACAGAAAGUGAAUUGCUUUAGUAUAACAUGUAAGAGCACACUAAGAAUUCAUCAUGUGCUUCUCAUGGUGUGAAGACCUGUGUUUUGUAGUUGAUGGAAGCAAAUGUUUUGUUCUUAAACAAGGACUUGUUACUUCUGAGGGAUACUAGUCUUUGAGUAUCCUCUUGUCCAUAUUUUGUAUGCUACUGUGGGAGGAUUAAUACCAGUGCUGUAGCCUGCUGAAUUACUACCUCCAACAGAACAUGCAUAACUCCUGGUCUUUAUAAGGGUUACAGUUUCAUCUCUUAAAUAUCCUACAGUAAUUCACAUGCAGGUGCAGUCCCAUAGCCCUGAGGAGAUAUCUGCCAUUAAGUCUAUAUAUUCAUGGAUAUGUAGUGCCUUUACCUGCAUUCUCUCUAGACCUGCAAGGAGUGAGGGAACAGUCCUCAAUGCAACAUGCUGCUAGGCUCAGUUGCUGUCCUUGUAAGUACCAUACAUAUUCACAAAUAGGACCUUGUAAAAAGUCUCUAAAUGUUCAUUACUAUAGGAACCUUUUAGGUGGUUAUCAACAAAGACUUUCAGUUGAUUUAUGAUGUAUUCCUGUAACAAACUUGUAGAUGUUAAAUUUAUUUCUCACAUGAGCAGUGUGCAAGGUGUGACACUGGACACAAUAGAGUUGGACUACAACAGUGCUAGGAAACAUCUUUGAUCUAAUUUGAAAAUGUUUGUAGAGGAAAAUUUUCAGGAUCCCAGUCAAAAGAAUAAGAAUUUGUGAUAUUUUGUGCUUGUCCAAUACUAUAUUUUCUGAUAACUUUAAUGACAAAUUCUGUAUACUCUUAAAACUUACACUUACUGUCCAGUGUAAAAUACAAUAUGCAUUGGCAAGACAGUAAAGCAAACUAGCAUAAAGUGUUACUAACAUCAACUGUUUAUGAAUGCGGCUACAUUAUUGUCUAUAAAGUUGCCAGUAUAAUUAUAGCAUUGAUAGUAUAAAAAAUAUGAUAAGCAUUGUUCCAAUAUAUUUAAGGCAUCUUGAAAAAUUUAGAUCUCAAAUUAAAAGACAAUGGCUAUGAUAUUUAAUGCUGGCAGUUUAACAAAAAAGAUUAAUCUGUGAAUUCAUGAUGGUGAAGAUUUUGCUAAUGCAGUACUUAAAAAAAUAAAUAACUUAGUUCUGAGCAAUGGGAAUGACUUUCUCUUCAUUUCCAGCAAUGGCUGGCAGAGGAGAUUCCACAGUCAACACUCCAUCUUUAGAGAGGGAGGACUUGAUAAGUUCAGGAUUAGUGCCUUUGGGAAGCAAAAAUUCUCUGUUGUAUUCACGGUAAACAGAUCUGCUGUCACUUUUCUCCUCAUGUUUGGCAUGAACCUGUUGAAGAUCAGAAAGGCAUUAGUAACAAUAUAAACAAAUGAUAUAGAAUCACCAAUCAGAUCUAGUAAGUGGAAGCAAAUUGCUCCUUGGGUGGCAAUGUUAAGCAAACUCAUACACACUUAAAUUAGCUGCUCUGUCCUCAUUGUGACUUACACAAAACUAGUUUUGUAUUUUCAGUAAUUUUUCCUAUAAAUAUGAUGCACUGGUAUGAAGAUUUUACAAAGUUUGAUGCUGCAUAAUGUAGUGCUACAUACCAAAAGCUUAUUGUCGACAGUUUUGACAACAAUUUCCUCGGGCUUGUACUGGCUCACAUCAAAUCGCAGUUUAAGCUGCUUGCAAUCACCAUCUUGUUGGAUGAGAGGUGAGUUCAUGCCCUCCAGCCAUGAUCCUGUGCCUUGGUUGGAUGAAGCCUGGUCCUGUUGGCUGUAAAAGAAAAAAUAAACAUUGAAAAAAUAAAUAAAUAACAAUAAUAAUAAAUUAAUUAAUUAUGCUUUAAAUGAAAAAUAAUAAAUAACAAUAAUAGUGAUAAAUUAAUUAAUGAAUUAUGCUUUUAAAUCAACAACUGCAGUCUUUGUACAGUACUUAAUAUUACCUCUGCAGUCUUUGUACAAUACUUAAUAUUACCUAAGUCUUUUUUUGCAUCAAAAUGCAUGAAGAGUGAGCUACAGGCAGAAUGUACAUUUACAGUGGUAACUAAUAGCAAAUCAUAUAUAAAUUUGUUUCUUGUACUGGAACCGCUGGUAUGACACACUGCAGCAAGAAUGAGGACAUUGAAGGGGAAGAUCACCUGGAGGAGACCGAUUCAGUCUCACUUGAAACCACUGUGUUACCAUCUUUUCCUGUCACCCGAGUCUCGCGACGGUGAGUGCUGUUGCUAAACACCUCCGCCCUGGCUAAGUCCCCCAGGGAAUCCAAGCAAGCAUUGAGGAGGGGAUAGGCAAUAUCAUUAUGUAUGAUGCAGAAGAUUGUAUUCCAUAAAUUAUGAGAUGUCAUGCAUAAAAUAUUAAAAGUAUAUGAAAAUAAAUAAGUAACCACCA